UGUAAACAAUGCGUUUUAAAUUACACAUGGAGUUUGUUAUUUUUAAUAAUUGGAAUUAUUGAAUGUUUUAUACAAGAAGCUAACUAAUCUUAAAUACUCCGAUUUUUACAUAACGAUCCGGUGUAAAUUGUGACAUUAUCUAAACCUCCAAAUCCUUUUAUCAAAAAUUUGAUAGAAUUUAAAACGUUUUGACAAUGAAUGAAAAUCUAAAUCCAAACUUUAAAGAACUUAAUAUAUCAAAACCAACAUUGAAGGCCUUAAAAAAGAUGGGAUUAAGCCAAAUGACUGAUAUUCAAACUGCUGUUCUACCUAAGGCGCUAUCUGGUGAUGAUAUUGUAGCCACAGCUAAAACUGGCUCAGGAAAAACAUUAGCAUUUCUAAUUCCAGUAGUGGAGGUUGUUGUAAGAAAUUUGAAUGAUCAAAUUCCAGUGACUCUAUGUAUUAUUAUAUCACCUACAAGAGAGUUAGCUAUUCAGACUUACACAGUACUGAAAGAUAUUAUCAGUUUUUACAAUAAUAUAAGUUCAACAUUAAUUAUUGGUGGUGAAAGCAGAAAGAAACAAAGUGAACAUUUAUUCAAUGGUGUUCACAUUGUUGUUGCUACUCCUGGAAGACUUUUUGAUCACAUGAGAACCAAAGAGUUUGAUUAUAAAAAUGUCUCCUGUUUGGUGCUAGAUGAAGCUGAUAAGAUAUAUCAAUAUGGGUUUGAGGAAGAUUUAAAACAGAUUAUCACCAGACUUCCUAAGGACAGACAAACAAUGUUAUUUAGUGCAACAAAAUCAGAGACUACAGAAGCACUAAUAGAGUCUGCUAUGAAAGAAGAUGUACAUAUAAUUAAUACUAAUGAGGAUAAUGAUAAGGCGACAGUUGAUGGUCUUAAACAAGGCUAUGUUGUUUGUGAGACUGAAUACAGAUUACAUUGGUUACAUAAAAUGUUAAAGAAGUCACAAAAGCAAAAGGUCAUGGUAUUUUUCUCGAGUUGUAAAUCUGUUGUGUUUCAUCAUGAAUUUAUGACCAGAUAUUGUAAUCUGGAUGUACUGUGUAUUCACGGUAAGAUGAACCAAGAUGAACGAACCUGUACCAUGACACAAUUCUAUAACUCCGCGAAAAUUGCACUCUUCUGUACAGACUUGGCUGCCAGAGGAUUAGAUAUACCAGCUGUUGAUUGGAUAGUGCAGUUCGAUCCACCAUCCGAUACUAAUGAGUACAUCCACAGAGUUGGAAGAACUGCUAGAGGAUCUGGCGCGGAGGGCAGCGCUGUUUUAUUGCUGCGGCCCGAAGAGGUUGAGUUUGUUGAUUAUUUGAAGGAAGCUAUGAUAUAUUUGGAUAAGUACGAGGGCUGGAACCAAUACAGCAACUUGCAGCCAAAGUUGGAAGCAGCCAUGACAGAUCCAGAAUUUCACAAAAUGGCUGUGGAUGCCUUUGAAGGGUACAUAAGGGCAUUAGAAGUGAAGAGAUUAAAACACGUGUUCAAUGUACUUAGCAUGGAUAUGGAUCUUGUAGCCAAGUCUUUUGGUCUCAAAGAAAAACCGGACGUUGAUAUUCAUAUUGGCUUCAGUAAAAAGCACAGAGCACGAAAAAGAAAAGCGGCUUUACUUUCCACAACUGUAGGGUCAACUAAGUAAUUAAAAGCGUAACUUAAUUAGCAAAAUGUAAAUGUAAUGUAAAUAUGUAUCAAAAUAUUAUAUAUUUUUUGGGAUAAAAAUAAAACAUGCUUUAAGAAA